AUGCGCCUAACACCUGAAAACAGUAGACCGUCCAAGAAAUCUAAGAGAAGAUUUAACAUCCACAUUCUCCAUCAUUUCCAAGAGAUCGUAUGGUUGUUGGCAGAAAGAGUAUUGCCUCUAGGGGUGAUGUUAUGUAGAAUUCAAAACAUUCAAUUGAGAAGACUUGAGAGGGCAUAUAAUCUUUUCCUACCAAGAAUAACUUCAAAUGAUGGCAAUUUGAUAUUUCAAACUGGCAACCUAAAGAAUAUUGAAUUCAAGACUUCAUCAUCUGGGAGGAUUAAAUUAAAUAAUGAUGAUCUGGAACAACAACUCAUUCAGAUUAGAAAAAAUAAGGAUGACAUUGUGGAAUUGAAAACCAGUGGAGGUCAUAUCCCUCAGAAUGUUUCUAAUCAAAUUGUUCAGCUGAAUGCUAGGCUGCUAAGUCUUGAAGCCAGUGUUCAGGCUGUGCAAUCAGUAAAUAACAUUCUGACUUGCACUUGUCCUCCUGAUUACAUUGGGAAUGGCUAUGGAGCCAGUGGCUGUGUUCUUCUCAAUGAUAUCUGUCAACAUGAUAAUCCCUGUGCGAAUGGGCAGUGUGUUUUCACAAUUUCAGGUUAUGUGUGCAUUUGUGAUCCAGGAUGGACCAGCACUAACUGUACUGAGAAUAUUAAUGAAUGCGCCAGCAACCCCUGCCAGAAUGGUGGAAGCUGUACUGAUGGUGUUAACAGUUAUUCCUGUAUUUGCACUAACGAGUGGACAGGCCCUCAGUGUCGAAUACCACAGCAAGGUAAACUGAUGAUUGAUCCUGCCUGUGGAGGAACAUAUGAAGACAGUAAGGGCAUUCUCACCACCCCCAACUGGCCCAAUGCAUAUCCCAGCAACAGGCAAUGUGUCUACAUUAUCCGGCAGCCCACUGGGGAGCGCAUCCACCUCCAGUUCACAUAUAUGGAUUUGGAAUCCAACAACAGCUGUUCCUCAGUCUCCGUAGAGGUUCGUGAUGGUGAAACAGAGCUGGAUCCUCUAAUCAACAAGUUCUGUGGUUCCACCCUCCCAGCUCCCAUUACUACAAAUGGUAACAAACUGUGGAUUAAAUUUGAAUCAGACAUUUCUGCCUCAAAAGGAGGUUUUAUUGCACUAUAUGAAGUUGCAUGCGGUGGCACACUGAAUGGCAAUGGAGUGAUAGAGUCUCCUUAUUAUCCUAAGUCAUACCCGCAUGACAAAUCCUGUGAGUGGGUUAUCAACCAACUAGAAGGACAAGUGGUGACACUCAACUUCAUUUCCUUUGAUAUUGAGAAUGCUACAAACUGCAACAAUGACUAUGUGGAGGUCAGAGAUGGACCUGUGAUAGACUCUCCACUGAUUGGUAAAUAUUGCGGUACCAACAUUCCACCAAUAGUCCAGUCAAUGCAGAGGUCAAUGUUUGUCAAGUUCAAGACAGACUCCAAAAUAAGUAGCCGUGGAUUUCAAGUCAAGUAUGGAUCAGCUGUGAAAGGAUGUACUGAACUUCUGACAAAACCAGUAGGUACCAUUUCUAGCCCUGGAUAUCCGACAGAUUAUCCACACGGUGCCAAAUGCAUCUGGUAUAUCUCAGUUCAGCCUGGAAAUGUCAUUCGUCUCACAUUCGAUUUCUUUGAUCUUGAAUAUCACAUGAACUGCACCAAGGAUUAUGUCGAAGUGUAUGAUAAUGGUCCCAUUAUUUCUGGCAGACUAAUAGGAAGGUUCUGCGGAAGGUCUGUUCCUCCUUCUGUGACCAGCAGUGGCAGUUUGAUGAGCCUUCUGUUUGUGUCUGAUUCAAGCAUAGCCUUUCAGGGAUUCGCAGCAAGUUAUGAUUCUCUUGAUGCUUCCUCAGUAUGUCGAGAAGAAUUCUUCGAAUUAAUUGGUACAUUAACCUCUCCAAACUAUCCAAAUGGCUACUCUCGUAAUCAAGAGUGCAUCUACACAAUCAAUGUGGAAAACAACAAGCAAAUUCUGCUCAACUUUACUCACUUUCAGUUAGAUGGAUAUCAAACCUGUACUUCUGGCUAUGUUGAAAUUAGAAAUGGUGGAUAUGAAACCUCCCCCUUUGUCGGACAGUAUUGUGGAUCAAAAGCCCCACCACUUAUCACAUCCCACAGCAAUCAGCUAUGGAUUAAAUUUAAAUCAGAUAACACUCUUCAAUAUCGUGUAUUUAAGGCUCAUUGGGAUGGCACUACCACAGGUUGUGGUGGGACUCUUACAACGUCAACAGGGAGUUUUACCUCACCCAACUAUCCAAUGCCAUAUUCACACAAUGCAGAAUGCUACUGGCUGAUUCAAACGAGUGCAGGUAGUGUGAUUGAACUGCAAUUUGAACAAUUUCAUUUGAACUCCAGCGCUGGAUGCAAUUAUGAUUACCUAGCUAUUUAUAAUGGAAACAACAGUAAUUCCCAGCUUCUGGCCAAAUUAUGUGGUCAUCAGAUGUCAGCACCUAUUCGCUCUUCUGGAAAUAAUAUGUACAUAAAACUCCGAACUGAUAGCUCAGUAACAGCAGGAGGAUUUUUUGCUAAAUAUGCACACAUUUGUCAGAGAGUAAUUAUUGCAAAUCGUAGUCAAGGGAUCUUGGAAAGUACAAACUUUCCACAGCCUUAUCCUUCCAAGCAAGACUGUACCUGGACCAUACAGGCAACAGCUGGGAACACCAUCAACUACACCUUCACUGUCUUCAGUCUGGACUUUAACAACUGCCACUUAGCUUGGUUAAAGCUAUACGAUGGACCCAGUGCCCAGUCUCCACUUAUCGGUACUUUCUGUGGGAAUACUAUACCUCCAUCAGGCACAAGCUCUGGGUCUAGACUGCAUGUUGCAUUCCAUUCGGACUCCAGCUUUUCAGGGAACGGAUUCCAGAUGCUGUGGUUACAGAAUGGAUGUGGUGGAGAGUUGCUUGGGCCAAAAGGCAGAUUCAGCAGUCCUGGCUAUCCAGACAGGUAUCCACAUAAUCAGGAAUGUAUUUGGGUCAUUCACGGAGAUUCUGGCAGCAGUAUUGAGCUCACCAUCCAUGAGUUUGAUGUGGAAUAUCACCAGACUUGCAAUUUUGAUGUACUGGAGGUGUAUGGUGGUCCAGACAUUACUUCUGUACGGUUAGCCCAACUGUGUAGAACCCGCCCACCAAACAACCCAUUAGUGGUCUCCAGCACUGGAAAUUAUAUCACUGUCCGAUUUAAGACGAAUUCAAAUAGCAAUGCAAAAGGUUUCAAUGCCACCUGGAAACAGAUAGCAGGAGGUUGUGGUGGGAAUUUUACAGCUCCUAACGGUGAAAUCCACUCACCAAACUAUCCCAGUCCUUAUGGCAGUAACGUUGAUUGUUCCUGGGUCAUCACUGUGGAUUAUCACCACCGUGUCCUGCUUGAUUUUGCUGACUUCGACCUCGAACAUCAUCAGUCAUGUGAUUCUGACUAUGUAGCUGUUUAUGAUGGUUUGGAUGAAGCAGCCCCCGUGUUGGGAAAACUGUGUGGUAGUUUAAUUCCAAAAAGGAUUACAUCAACUCACAAUGUAAUCUAUGUACGUUUCCGCUCAAAUAACAGUAAUGAGCACAAAGGAUUCAGAGCACAAUUUGACCAAGCUUGUGGGUCCUACAUUAUUACUGAUGAUGUUGGUGGAGUUAUCACAUCACCUCUGUAUCCUAAAAACUAUUUAGACAAUCAGAAAUGUUCCUGGAUUAUUCGAGCGCAGAAACCAUUUAACCAUGUUACCAUCUCUUUUACUGACUUUGCAAUUGAAAACGGUGGUGCAAACUGCCCAGCAGAUGCUUUGCAAAUCUUAGAUGGAGACAACUAUGCGGCCCCUUCUAUUGGUCGUUACUGUGGAAAUAUAAUGCCUCAUCCUAUCACAUCAUUCAGUGAUGCCUUGUUUAUCAACUUCAGCUCCAACAAUGUCAACACAUUCAAAGGUUUCCGAACAGUUUAUGCCGCAUCCACAUCAGCGUGUGGCGGAAUGUAUCACAUGGAAACUGGAGCAUUCAAUAGUCCCAACUUUCCUGAUGAAUCUCCACCCAACUAUGAGUGUGUCUGGUACAUCAUCACUUCACCUGGUAACCGUGUCCAACUAUCCUUCAUAUCUUUCGAUAUUGAACUAAAUAUAAACUGUACCUCAGCUUACCUUGAAAUUCGAGAAGGGAAUUCCACUGGACAAUUAAUUGGACGUUACUGUGGAAGUUCUUUACCUGCAAAUUAUACAUCAAAUGAGAGGCACAUCUUGUGGGUGAAGUUUGUGUCUGAUCCAACGUCUCCUGGUGGUAGAUUCAGAGCCAUCUUUUCUCAUUUGUAUGGCAAUGAGAUUGUCGGAUUCCAAGGACAAAUUGCAUCUCCACUGUGGCCACUGCAUUACCCACAUAAUGCCAACUACCACUGGACAAUUACUGUUCCUGCGUCCUAUAUCAUCCAUGUCAGAAUAUUGGAAUUGGAUAUUGAUGCAAUACAAAGAUGCAGAUAUGAUAAUUUAAUGAGAAGAUCAAGAGGUGACUUUAUUCAGGUGUUCAAAACUAUGAACAACUUUUACGGCGUAAGGAAGGGUAUCCUGUUUUCACAAGUUGGUGCAUGCGGUGGAGUUGUCGUGACUGCGGAUACCCCAACAUUUCUCUUCUCACCAGGUUGGCCCAACAAGUACGAAAACCAUUUGGACUGCUCAUGGGUCAUCCGGGCACCACAAGGCACAGUGGAACUUAACAUUCUGGCCCUAGAUAUUGAACCGAAUGCGCUGUGUUUCUACGAUAAGUUGGUCAUCAGAGAUGGGGACAAUAGCCAUUCUCCAAUACUUGCCACUUUAUGUGGCAGAAAAUUACCUGGACCUGUCCGAUCUAGUGGUGAUGCAAUGUUCAUUCGAUUCAUAUCUGAUGAGGAGACCAAUGGUGGUGGUUUCAAUGCUUCUUACUACAAAACUUGUGGUGGGCGGCUCAAUGCUAACCAUGGUGUAAUUUUUUCACCUAACUAUCCCAACGCAUAUACAUCAAAUCUCAAUUGCACAUGGCUUGUUGCUGUCACCAGUGGUUCCAUAAUUUCUAUCCACUUUAAUUGGACCUUCCAAGUUCAAGGUUCUGGCACAAACUGUACAACUGGAGACUACUUAGAGUUAAGGAAUGGACCUGAUGGGUCUUCCCCACCUUUGACCACCCAUGGAAGAAAUGGACACUAUUGUGGCAAAAACCCUCCCUCUACAAUGCAUACAUCAGACAAUCAGCUCUUUGUACGAUUCAUUUCUGAUGGAAGUAAUGAAGGCCUUGGGUUCAAGUUCACGUAUGAAGCUUCAAAUUAUGCUUGUGGUGGUAUCCUCUAUGCAAACAAUGGCUCUUUCCAUUCACCAAAUUGGCCGCAGAAUUUUCCUGAAAAUAGCGAAUGCACUUGGACAAUUAUAGCCCAUGAAAGCAAGCACCUUGAAAUUACUUUUGACAAGAAUUUCCAGAUUCCAGACAGCACCGUUAACUGUGGGACCAGCUAUGUUAAGGUCUGGGGAGGAACUGCUGAAACUGCUGAAACCUUGUUGGCUACUCUUUGUGGAAGUGCUGCUCCAGGGCUUGUCAUAUCACCAGCUAAUAUUGUGACAGUUCGGUUUCAGUCUAAAGGCAGCGUGGGAAGUGGUUUCUCAGCAUCUUUCACCGACCGAUGUGGAGCAAAUUUUACGGCUUCUUCUGGCCGAAUUAUAUCACCGAACUACCCUGACAAUUAUGACUCAAACUUGAACUGCGAGUACCUCAUCAAUAUAUCCGAUCAGCGACUUAUAAUCUUACAAUUUGAGUUUUUCGAUGUAGAAGGGUUUUUAUACUGUGAUGAUGACAGUUUGAAGAUAUAUAGUGGAACUACAGCAAGUGGGCAACCUAUAGCUACCCUUUGUGGUUUUCUUACCCCAAGACCAAUCAGUAGCUAUGGCCCAGUGCUACUGGUUUUCAAAACAAAUCACGUUAACACAGAAACUGGAUUUGUGGUCAACUACAAUUUAAUCUCCUGUGGAGGUUCAUUCCAGGGAUCAGCUGGCAUUAUCAGCAGCCCAACUUACUCAUGCAUUGAAAAUCACAGCAUGAACUGUACGUACCACAUCAUUGUUGGAAAGAACAGGAUUGUUAAAUUGAAAUUCAAUGAAUUUGACAUUGACACCUCAUCAGCAUGCACCUUGACCUAUGUGGCUGUCUAUGAUGGUCCAAACUCCCUUGCACCACUAUUAGGUCAGUUCUGUGGUGCAAAAAUGCCACCUGUUUUAAGGAGCACCAACAACUCGAUAUUCCUUGUGUUUAAAAUAAACAGCUAUUGUCCCAUUGGAGGAUGGAGAGCUUCAUAUACAGAGACGUUAGGGUUAAACCAAGGAUGUGGUGGAUACUUAAGCAACUUCAGGGGCAACAUCAGUUCACCAGAUAUUAACUUCGAUGGCAAAUAUGAAAAUAACUUAGACUGCGUGUGGUGCAUAUUUGUACCUUUAAACAAGGUCAUCAACAUGACUUUCACAGCCUUUCAACUGGAGGACCCAUCGGAAGGAAUUUGCAAAUCUGAUUAUGUUAAUAUUUAUGAUGGAGAGGAUAUAAACAGCCCAUCAGUAACCACUUACUGUGGCUCUGAACUGCCACCUUCCUUUGUCUCAUCCAGUAACUUCCUUACUGUGAGAUUCAUCUCUGGCUCCUCAGUUGAAUUAGCUGGCUUCAAAGCAACAUAUGUAGCCAAUGAUCUGGUCUGUGGUGGAAAUUUCAAUUCUACCGACACAACUCAGAUCAUUACGUCUCCUGGCUACCCGCAUGAUUAUCCGCCCCUCACCAAAUGUGAUUGGAUCAUCGAUGCUCCUGCGCAGGAACAAAUCUGGGUGACAGUACAGGAAUUCAAUUUGCCAACCAGCCCAAACUGUACUGGAGAUUACCUGGAGAUUAAAGACUGGCCAUUGAGUGAUUUUGGGCAAAUUUAUCGAUUAUGUGGCUCCAAUUCAACGUUCCCAGAUUUCUAUUCAUAUGGUCGCACCAUUAAGAUUGCCUUUAUAUCAAAGGCAUACCAGAGUGGAAACAAAUUCCAGUUAAUGCACAAAGUUGCAGGCUGCAGCAGACAAUACAACCAGUCAUUUGGUUACCUGAAGAGUCCUGGCUGGCCCAAUGUCUAUCCACAUUAUUGCAAUUGCACAAUCAUUCUGAGGGCCCCAGAGAGCCACAAGAUCUCCCUCUUCUUUCAUGCCUUCAGCAUCGAAUAUUUUCCUGGUUGCAACGCUGACUAUUUAGAGAUCAAAAAUGGCACAGAAAGUAAUGGACAACUGCUUGUCAGGUUGUGUGGUAAAAAACUGCCAAAUCCCAUUUUCUCAAAUUUCCACGCACUUACUUUACAUUUUAAAUCUGACGUCUUGGGAAGUCACAAUGGUUUUGAGAUCACUUGGACAUCUUCUCCAAAUGGCUGUGGUGGAACAUUAUUUGGCUCCACUGGGUCUUUUUACAGUCCCAACUACCCAGCCACCUACAGCAACAAUACCGACUGUGAAUGGAUAAUUGAGGCACCAAUUGGACAUGUACUAACAAUACACUUCACAUCCCUUAAUAUUGAUGACCCUGGUGACUGUAUCAAGAACUAUUUGAAGUUGUAUGAUGGUCCAGAUUCCAAUUCACCACCAACUGGACCAUACUGUGGAAUGGAAAGUAACAUUGCUCCUUUCACUUCUACAUCUUACCGUGUGUUUGUGAAAUUCCAUGCUGAAUAUGCAGUUAUACCAUCUGGAUUCAGAUUACAAUGGACCAGUUAACUUGAUGUGAAGAGUAGACCAAUAGUUACAAUAUAUAGUAACAUGCUAUUGCUUUAAUUCAUUUUGAUUGUUUGUUUAAAACGGGUUAUGAGUUAGUGUGACUUUUCUAAUGGCCAAAGUGAAAUGCAUCAGUUAUUUACCAAAUUAGCUAAUAAAUCUUUCACAGUAAAAAUGUUUAUUUGUCGAAGUGCCAGGGCAUUUUGAUAGAUUUAACAAUUUCUAAAACAUUAUUCUAAAUUACAGAAGGAGAAAUUACUGUCAUAAUAAAGAGGAAGUCAUUACGAGAAUAUGACGGAAGCAGAUAAGAGUUACUGAAAGUUAGAUAUGGAGGUCAGAACUGUGAGACUAAUAUGAAUAAGGGAAAAUGAAGGCUGAAAAUUAUCAACCAGAAGAUAACUUGUUAAGAGAGGAGAGUGUGUGACACAGAUAGCAGUGUUAUAAUGGGAUUAAAUAUCUCUGGUAACUGAUAACUGUGUGGCAGGAAGGAAGAGAUUGCCCGAGAGAGGGUGCAAAUGGUAUUAAUAAGUAUGUUGUAAGACAUGGCAAAUUUUAGCCACAUUGAAAGAUUGAAUGGAGUAGGAUUGUUUUCUUUUGAGCAAGGGGAGGCUGAAUGGAGAUACUACUGAGGAGUGUAAAAGUAUGAGAAGUUUUGCUGAUGUAAGUAGGAAGGAUAUAUUUUCCUCAGCUGAAACGUCAUUAAACAGCAGCAAUUGUUUUGAAGUAAUUGACAGUUUGAUUCGAGAGGAGUUGAGAAAAGACUUUUUUUUUCACUCAGAAGGUGCAGGGAUUAGGAUUUCAUUGUCUGAAAAGAUUAUAGGGGAAAGAAAUACCCUCGCCUAAUUUAAAAAGUACAACUUGAUUAUAUUGUAUGAAUGGGAGAAAAUGCAUAUUAGUUGUUUUUUGGUGCUGUCAUAGCAAAGCCUUGUUUCAUUAUCUAAUAUCCAUAUAAAGAAUGUAAAACUGCAAUGAAUUUUGCUUUUAU